GUGCAAAAUGCAGGGGCUUUCAGCGACUGACCUGCCUGCCUCCUCUGUGAAGUACCCGUGUGGAUCCUCGGACAACCGGUGCACCCCACGGCUGGUGAAGAAAGGUCCGCCCGCCAGACCAUGUCACGACAAGCCCGCCAUCAAACCGCGGCCCCCGCCCUCCGCCUCAUCCAGACCACCAACCGCUCAGAAACCUCAAGUGCCCCCUAAACCUGCUCAUCUUCUGGCCCUCGGGCAAGACAAGAAGCCUAAGAGGAUCCCUCCGGCGCCCUCGAGACCCCUGCCGGCACCCCCUCCUCCACCUAAACCCAAACCUUGUCUGAGCCCUCCUGUCCUGGAGGUGCAGCUGCAGAAAGAGGCUCAGAAAGUUGGACUGCUCAUAGAAAAGUUUGAGAACUCGAGGGUCCCCAUCCUGGGGGUGCUCCCACGGUCACAGCUGCAUCUGUUCCUGAGAAUGGACACUGCGUCAGACCUCCCUCCCUCCUCCGGUCCAGACUCCCCAGCAAAGGUUGCAGGAGACUCCUCUCCUGUGGACAAACUUACAUUCGGCUCCUCUGAACGGAUCGGCGGCGUGUCUGAACUCUCCCGUCUGGCCUCCAUGCACAUUGACGGCUCAGGUGACGUGGAGCUGGACAACAGCAGGAAGGACGAUAUCACGCAAGGGGUCGGCCGCCUGGACAACGGAACCCAAGAGGAGGACUCUUCCCAUAAACUCACGGACAAUCCCGACUCCUUGCAGCAGAACGGGAAGAUUCCCAAUCGGGAUAGCGGCAUCGACAGCCCGUCGUGCACCGCCGAAGGGGAGGUGUUCCCCAACGAAGACGCUAUCGAUGAGGAGGACCAUUAUGACAGCGUCACUGAAACGGAGAGCGUGUCCUGCUGUGUUACGCUGGACAAUAAGCGGGACUCAACACAGGAUGAGGACAGUGACUUAGAUGAGGGCAGCAGUGGGGAGAUACCUUCUCUCACAGACACACAGACUGUGUAUCUGAUAGACUCAAACUCAGAGGCGCACAAAGAGCUUCAGGUGAUUGCUCGAUGA